AUGGACAAUAUUACUUCUUUGGUUCAAUAUGGAGGCAAUUGGAAUGAAAACAACGAGUACCAAGGAUACACAAUGUCUGGGAUAUUAAUACCACCAAAUUGUUCUCUUGACAACUUGGUGAAUUUGAUAAAAAAGGAGAUAAAGGAAAAAACAGCAACUAUUGAAGUUUCUUAUCAAGUAGAAAAAGGAACACCACCAAUGAAGGUUGUAACAGACAAUUCAGUGUUGUUCUUCCUGGAAAUAAAGAAAAAAGUUGCUACUAAAAUAACAGACUUACCAUUGUGUGUCACUAUAAUUCAAGAAUCAAACAAUGAAAAUGGCCUUCUUCUACUAGCAAAUCAGAAAGCUACAGCAGAAGAAAUGGAGGUGGGGACAUUAUUAAUGCAAGCAAAUCAAGCUUCCAUCAAUGAACAAAUGUUACUUGAAGAAGGAAUGUCAAGCACAACAAAUGAGGGCAUAAAUGUGUCAUACAUACCCCAUUUUGCUGAAGAAGUAGCUGAUUUCAUAAUUGAGGACAAUACAAAAAGAAAAAAGAAGUUGGAUGAAAACCAACUAGUAAUAUCUGAUUACAGAGUGAACACAAUAGAGCAAAGAAAAAUUUACAAGGAUAAGAACACAGUCAAAUCAGCCCUUAGCUACUAUGCAAUGCUGCAUAACUUCCAGUUCAAAACAAAAAGAUCAGAACCUAGAGAGUACCUAGUUACUUGCGCAGAUGAAAAAUGCAACUGGUUGGUGAGAGCAUCUAAGUACAGAAAUCAAGAUUUAUUCAAGGUACGGAAAUGCAAUCCAAAUCACACUUGCUCUGUUGAAAUUGUUUUGGAAGACCAUAGGCAAGCAAAAAGCAUCGUAGUUGGGGAAUUAAUAAAGAAUAAGUACAAGUCAAUCAAAAGAAAUUACACUCCAAAUGACAUCAUGAAUGAUAUGAAUGAUGACUUUGGAGUAACUAUGGGAUACACAAAAGCAUGGAGAUCAAGAGAGAAAGCUUUGCGUCUAGUAAGAGGGAACCCCGAUGAUUCAUAUCAGAAGUUGCCAAUAUAUCUUUACAUGUUGAAAAAAGCAAAUCCAGGAACAAUAACACACCUACUCACAGACAAGGAAGAUAGAUUCAAAUACCUAUACAUAGCUUUCUCUAACUCAAUCAAGGACUCCGAAAAUGAUAACUCAUGGCUAUGGUUCUUCUCCAAACUGCGAGAAACCUAUGGAGAACCCGAAGGAUUGGCUAUAGUUUCUGACAGACAUAAGAGCAUAGACAAUGCAGUACAUAUGGUGUACCCAAAUGCUUUCCAUGGAGCUUGCAUGUUUCACUUACUCAAUAAUUUGAAAGGCAAGUAUGGGAGCCAUGGAGAAGAACUACAAAUGAAAUUCAUUGCAGCAGCAAAAGCAUACACACAGACAGAAUGUGAAAACUACAUGAAAGACCUUGAUAGAAUUGAUAGACGCAUUAGGCCCUAUUUAGAAAAAGCCAAGUAUGAAACUUGGGCAAGAUCAUACUCGCCAACAAAAAGAUACACCAUGAUGACAUCCAACAUAGCAGAAUCACUCAACGCUGCACUAAAAGCUGCAAGAAAUCUCCCCAUUGAUAUCUUGGUUGAAUGCCUUAGAAGUUUGGUUCAAAAGUGGGUUUGGAACAACUCAAAUAAUGCAAAUGGAACAUUCACAAAAGUCUCUACAGCAACAGAAAAUGAAUUGAGACAUGACAUUGUUUCAAAAAUGAAGUAUGAGGUCUUGCCUUUCAACACAAUAGAAUACCAAGUUCGUGAUCAAAAGGGGAUAAAUUUCACAGUAAAUAUACAUAAUAGAACAUGCACUUGCAAUAGGUUCCAAGAAGAUGAAAUACCUUGUGGCCAUGCAGUAGCUGUCAUUGCAAAAAGAAACUUGAGUGUCUAUGAUUAUUGUGCAAAAUUCUACAGAACAGAAACGUUGAAAGCAUUGUAUCAAGAAAAUGUUCAUCCUUUGCCCCAUAAAGAUGAAUGGAAUCUCCCACAACACUUGGACAUACUAGUGCUGCCUCCAAAUUCAACAAUCCCUGCAGGAAGACCAAGAAAGAAACGAAUAAGAUCAAGAGGGGAAAAUAACGUAAUAAUCACCUGUGGGAAAUGUGCACAACCAGGACAUAACAGGAAGACUUGUAGGAAUCCUCCAUUUCAGAAGCCAAAUAAACAGAAAAAGCCAAAGACAUAG